AUGGAUCCUAUCGCAAUCCACGAAGAUUACAUCCACCGGGAUUCCAUCUCGAGUGGCGAGUCCGCCCAAUUGGAUAGGCCGCAACUCACCAGAUUGGCUGCACAGAAAUCGCAGGUCUCGCUCGUAUCCAAUUCCUUGGUUUUGUCACGUCCUGCCGAAAGUACAAGUGGUGUCACUUUCGUCUCUUCCCAGCCAGACAACGCCAGUAUGGCGGCUAGCAUGGAGGCCAGCAUCAGUGGUACCAUUUAUAGUGACGGUGAGACUGCGCUACAUAGCCUUCCUGACACCCAGCCAGCCAUAGAUCUGGGUUUCAGGCCGCAAAAGGCAGAUAUGAACGACAACGAAAAUGCCUUCUUCGUGCAAAACAAGCAUUUUUUUAUCCUGUCGGUUGCUGGUAAACCGAUCUACUCGAUGCAUGGGUCCGAUGAGAUUCUCACGGUCCACGCGGGUAUUAUUCAGACGAUAGUUUCGUAUUUUGAGUUCAAUCCGGACGGCGAGACCGAGCAGCUGCGCACAUUCACGUUUGGUGGGGAGAAGAAAACGCGCUUUUGUUUCCUGAACAAAACGCCCAUUAUUUUAAUGGCAAUUUCGUCUGUUGACGAAAGCGAGCUGCAGCUGAACCAGCAGCUGGAUUUUCUAUACAACUUUCUUCUCACGAUCUUGAGCAAGCCUCACAUAGACAAAGUCUUUCGAAAAAGAGAUAAUUUCGACCUGAGAAAGUUGCUGGGAAAAGCCGAUAUAGCCUGUUUAGACUCGAUAUGCAACGAUCUCGCUAAUUUCAACAACCCAGGGCUUAUCAUUGGCGGUUUGGAAUGCCUCAGAAUGCGCAAGUCUGUGAGACGACGGAUCGAAAAUCUGCUGCUUGCUGAAAGAUCGGAAAACUUGUUGUAUGCGUUGCUGGUAGCUCCUGGUGGGAGACUUAUCACUGUAUUACGUCCACGUCGGCAUACAUUACACACAUCGGAUUUGCAAUUGCUGUUUUUCAUGAUUUUCAACACAAAUACGUUUAGAUCGACGCCUGAGGAAAAUGAAGCUCAACAGCUUGCAUCAAAUGAAGAGUUCUGGGUUCCAGUAUGCUUCCCAAAGUUCAAUCCUAACGGUUUUCUCUAUUCAUUUAUUCAGUUCGUGGAUUUGAAAGACAAGAAAUUGAUGUACCUGCAUGAUUUGAACAUGAGUGCGCUGAAUCAGGACGCAAACCCGGAUGCAAGCAAAAUCACUGUCAUACUUGUGAGCGCGUACAAGGACAGCUUCUUCGAGAUGAGAAAGAUCGCAAGCUCUAUCAUCAAGUCUCUGAAGCUCAAUAGAACAAUAUACAGAGACCUCUUUAAGGCAGUCGUUGGCACACAAGGGGCUAACGGCGAAACGGGGGUCAGCUCGGGCAAGGUGGACCCAGUGGAAAUACCUGCGCCACUGGUUCAGCAUUUUGUGUUUAAGAGCAAGAAACAUACACAGUUCGUUUUCUCAAGAUUAGCACAUCAGCGGGAGCCUGACGAAAGUAUGAGAGGUCAAUUGAUGAUGCUCUAUGCGCAUUUACACUCUCGCUUUUCUGGUGCUUCUCGGAUCACAGGCUCGCAGCAGGAUUCGGAUUUUUUAGAUGAAAGCCAUUUUAUUAAUCUGGUCAGAUGGAAACAUCACAACGAUAACUUAGUCGGUUUCUUGAUUACGACCACCAAUUAUGAACUCUAUCUACUCAUCAAUGGAGGCAUUAUGGACAAAAAAGUGUUGCUACGCUCAUGCAAAAACCUAAUUAAGUGGUGCAAAAAGAAUCAAGAUCGUUUGUUCAUCUCUGGGGGUGCAGUGUUCUAA